CGUGUGUCAAGCCGUGAUCUGUGGCGGGCAUCAUCGUCCUUGUAAGACUAUAUAUUAGCCUGGCAAUAAGAAGAAUAUCACAGUAAAUACAGUACUAGACAACCGAAUGUUGGAUACCCAUUAUUAUGAUAUUGGUGUGUUAUUAUAGUAGCCGGGAACCUGGCAGGCUUCAUCCGCUUUCGUCACCUGCGUAGAAUCUCCAUUUUACUCCUUUUUGCUGCGCUUCGUAAGCUCCGCACUGCUUAUUUUUAUUAUCGUCUGUCUUCUUGAAGGGAGACACUGCCGUUGACGUCGCCACCAUACUCCGUACAACUUCGGCAGAUAAACGCUGUGGUGGAACGACUGCUGGUGUUGCCCUGUCGAUCGCAUGGCUGACAGGAUCCCGAUCCCCUCCUUCUAGAGCCAAAGUCUUGUCGGCUCGACUCGAUCGCUAACCCCCAGCAUGUGCAACCAGUUCUCCGGUUCCUCCAGUUUCAUCGGUCUGAAGAUACGGGAGUCGUUUAACCAUAUUCGCAGCUGGUUCCUGUCUGGAGAUGCAGCUAGCCGCAGCAGGCUUGCCAUACAUCGCGCGCUUUUAGUGCAGACUCAACAAUAGCCAUUGGCAGGACUUCCAAGGAUCUCUCAUUGUUCUCCGAUAGGAGAUAUCGUGUCCAUGAUAGCGAAGUCUUGUCGAUUCCAAGUCAGUUGGUCGCUGGUUGUCGUUGUUUUGUGCUGAGAUACGAAGCGAAGUCCAGGAGACGUCAAAACGUCCUAAAGAGGAAAAGCUGACAACACAAUCAAUAUAUCGAACAUCGCCUGCGCUUUAACAGAUAUCCAUAUUUCUUAUAGCCGUCGACGCACCGGCAGCAUCAUAAUUAACUUGACUGUUUCGACGUGUUGAUGCACGGCUUCAGCCCGUGUUGCUUCCGUUGCACGCCAGCUCGCGCCCCUCGAUAGGUCGGCAUCUCAAACAUGGCAGCGCAGCUCCCGCAGCUCGACUCCCUUCGCUCGCAGUACAGAAAGUCGCUGCAGUCAUUCAAUGCCUGCCUGGAUGACUUUCGGCUCUUGGACAUGGUACCUCCGGAGGGCGAGCUGAACGCGCAGCCGGGCAGUCUCUAUGUCCUGGAUUCUUCGUUUAACCCUCCAACCAUCGCGCAUACCCAGAUGGUGACCGCUGCAGUAAAAGCAGCAAAUGCAAAGGGAACCCCGCCGUCAAGACUGCUAUUGCUAUUAGCAAUUCAAAACGCCGAUAAGCAGCCAAAGCCAGCGUUAUUCGAAGAUCGUCUUGUUAUGAUGCGGCUAGCUGCCGAAGAUGUCCAACAGACUCUAGCCCGGGAUACUAGCCGAGACAAAGACGGGAGAAUCUGUAACCUUGCGAUUGAUAUCGGGGUUACGAAACACCCAUUCUUUGUGGAUAAAGCAGUGGCCAUUGCAGGCGACGGUACUGUCUAUCCAAUGGGGGUUGAACAAGUCCAUUUGACAGGUUAUGAUACACUAUAUCGAAUUUUUGAUCCGAAAUACUACACUGCCGGGGACCUUAGCGUUCUGAGCCCCUUCUUUAGCCUACACAGGCUCCGGGUAACCAUACGCCCUAGUGGCAGCUGGGGAAGUAGAGAGAAGCAACUAUCCUUCCUCACUAACCUAGCCAAGGGUGCAACAGAGGACAAAGGAGCAAAGAGAGAAUGGGCAAGCCGUAUCGAGCUUGUUGAGAGCAAUGCAGUUGACAGUGAGCCAAUAAGCUCAACUACUGCGCGAAAUGCAGCCAAAGAUAGUCUGGAGCUGCUCUCCAAGCUCGUCACUCCGCGAGUUCUCGAGUAUAUCAUGAGCAAACACCUUUAUGCCACUGACGAUUAA